AUGGCCGCCACCGCUGCCUCCCCGGCUGGCACCCCUCCGACGCCGCCCUCUGGCCUGCCUGCCUUUGCGCGCGUGACCUCGGCAUCGCUUCUUCAACGCAACGCCUCGACGUCGUCGUCGAUCUCGACCACAACUUCCGAGUCAUCCUCAUCGCUUGUCGCAGUGCCUAUUCGUCCUCCACCAAUUCAAACACGCACGGCCGCCACUCCCGAGGCACAGCUUCCCAGCGAUGCCGGGGCCGACUACAGCGAGCCAGAGCCUGCGGGAAUGUAUGGGGGAAGAGGCUUCGCGCGCAACGGCCCUCGAAUGGCGCGACAAGCAACCGAUCCCCCGCGUUCAAUCGGGACAAGUGGGCGGCAAACACCGUCCAUCAUCACUUGCAACACGGGACGCUCCCCAUCAGUCCCCCGGAAUCUCAGUCCCACUACACCUCGCGCAACGCGCCUUCCUCUUCCCGAAUCUAUGAUGACAGGUGCGCCCCAUUCGCCACAAGCGUUGCGCGUCACUGUCGCAGACGAUGACGGCCCCGGAACACCUGCGCGCCCCCAACAUACGAGCUCUAGCCCAGGUACACCGACUACACUGCGCGGUAUCCCCAAGUCGCGUAACCAGAGUAUGGACAGCAGCCACGCUGCCCUGUCGGAACGCGAGAGGCGCCAGAGCCAGCUGUCAACGCAGUCGAGCGGCUCGGCCGCUUCGAGGAGACCUUCAAGGAGAGACUACAUCUUCGGCGACGAGCUCGGGCGUGGGAGCUACAGCACUGUUGUACUCGCGACGGCUGCAGCAAAUGGGGCCCUCUCCGCGAGCCCCCGUGGCCAUGCCCAGCAAUUUGCGAUCAAGAUCAUGAACCAGGCGCAUCUCAUCCAGGAGAAGAAGGCCAAGUACGCCCACAUCGAACGAGAUGCCCUUAUUCGGCUUUCUCUCCCCAGGUCAUCAAUGUCUCCGACCGCCCGCGCUGGUCACCGCCGCGGCCUGUCUAAUUCAUCGUCCACGGGUGGCGGACCCAAUCGCAAGAGUGGACCCCAUCAUUUGCGCGCUGACAGUGGUGGUGGCUCAUCUGCGGUCACGAUGAUAGCGUCGCCUUCGGGCGGGCUGCGUGAUCGACCCCUUGCCAUUGCCGACUCUCCAACGACGGGCACAAUCCCUCUUUCGCCUCUCCUGACAUCUGGCCGCCUCGGGACGCGCACAAACGAGCCGCUAGAGAUCUUGGAGGACUCGCCUCGCAGCAAACCGCCUUCACCUGUCAAGGAAGAAUCCAGUGACGGCCAAUCGGAUGGAGGAACUGCAUCGGAGCCUCUCCAACUUCACCCAAGAAGGGAGGGCUCGACCGACCAGGACUCCAUGCGCAUGCGCACCCCGCGCAAACGCCGGCAGUCCCUUGCGCCAUCUGAGCGUAGCGCGCGCAGUUCCAAGUCGGUGACUGGUGGCCAGCAAGUGUUUGGCCACCCGGGAAUUAUCAGGUUAUACUGCACGUUUGCCGAUAAGACCAGUGUCUACUACGUCCUCGAGCUCGCUAGCAACGGCGAACUGGCCGCUGUGAUUCGCAGGUACGGCUCACUGGACCUCACCUCGACGCGCUAUUAUGCGGCACAGCUCAUCGAUACUCUCGAGUUCAUUCAUGAACGCGAGAUCAUCCAUCGUGACGUCAAGCCCGAGAACCUUCUCUUGGACAACGAGAUGCGCCUCAAAGUGACGGAUUUUGGCAGUGCGAAGAUCCUUGGCAGGAAAGAGGAGCCCACCGAGACCAGCAAGCGCUCGUUUGUUGGAUCUGCAGACUAUGUCAGCCCAGAGGUGCUGCGUAGUGAGCCCGCGACCUUUGCCUCCGAUAUAUGGGCGUUCGGAGUGGUUCUCUUCGACUUCAUCACCGGCAAGUCGCCAUUCCGGAGUGCAACCGAAUUCCUCACCUUCCAGAAGGUGUUGAAGCGCGAGCUCGAGUUCCCAAAAGGUUUCGACCCUGCUGCACGCUCACUAGUUGAGCUCUGCCUCGAUCUCGAGGCGAGUGGCCGGCCUAACCCCCAAGAGAUCAAGACCCACCCGUUCUUCGCCGGCGUGGACUGGAACAACAUCUGGUCUGCGCCUGCACCCAAGAUCACGACCGGCAUGACUUUACCGCAGAAGACGCUCGCGCAAGUCGCGCUGGACUCGGACGUUUGGGCGGCGUUUGACGACGAUGAGUCGGACGGCGAGUUUGGCGACCACAGCCAGGAGCCUCAAUAUAAUCGCUUCGCUGCAGCUGAAGCAGUCCAAGCGGUGGACUUCCCUGAUGAAGAGUUAGAUCCACCGCGCCCAGCCUGGCUCGAGGAAGAAGUAGGCCCUCGACCACCUCGCCAGCCCAAACCUCGCGGUUGGUCGACGAGCUCCAGCUCAAGUGGUGGGCGCCUCAGCGGACUGCUUGACACCAUGGGCAUCAAUCCCACCUUUGCACACCGGGCGGGAUCGGGGCGCGUCAGUCGCACCAGUGAUCGCGGAUCGUACGACGAUCGCAGUCCAUCUCAAUCGCGUACCAGUUCACCCGAGGCCAGAUACCGCGGCGUGGCGCACACGGACAACAGCCGAUGGAUGCCGCUCCUCGUCGCAAACGAGAGAAUCGUCCUGUCGACGGGCAUGUCCAUCAAGCCUACCAGCGCAGUUCCUCUGCCCUCGUUCCUGCUGCCGUCAGCCAAGCGGCGCCAGCUCAUUAUGACCGAUCUUCCUCGUCUCCUGGCGGUCAAGGAUGACCCAGAGACAGGCGAGCCGAGGGUCAAGACCGAGUUCCAAUUUAUUUCUCACCCUAUACCGAGUCACAUGAAGGCCGUCGUCUACAACCACGGCGGCGCAGACCGGGACGAAUCGGCCAUCCAAUACGUCCUUGAAGUUCAGGAGAAGGGCAGCAAGCUGUUUGUCAUCCAGACAGCGACUCAAGCUUUCACUUGCAUCGCAGACACCGGCGACAUACGGGCCGCGUGGAUGCACACCCUGCGUCGAGCGGUAUAA